AUUUGGACUUGUUUACUACCUUUGUAGCUCUCCAAAAUAAGGUCAGUUGUAACACUUUCUCUUUAAUUCUUCCCUUUUUGGUCGUUUCUCUCGAUUCAUAUUUACCCGGGUCCGAGCAUAAUAGAAUUCUUGCGCUCCACCUUUACGAUUAGUAUGCCCAACUUAUAAGACCAAAAUUUAGGGGCCGACAAUAUAACAUCCCUUGCAAGGAAAGCAAUGAAUCUCUUUACAAGAGAUUCAGCGAUCCACUAACCUGCAAGCUUUAUAUUCUUUAUCUCAGCACUAGGGCGAGAUUCAUCGAUGAUAUAUUUCCCUUCCCAUUCGAUACGAUAUCCUAUUUUUCUCGUCUUCGUCUUCGGAUUGGUCUGAACCCAUCAGAUGGACCAAAGAGAACCUCAUGUUCGAUCUUUGGGCAUCUGUCACAGGAUCUAUCAUUUCAUCAUGAAAACCUUGGCUUUCCAAGCAUUGAAGACGGUGACUUUAGGGCGUUCCAUGCAGUUCGGCUCAACCAAGGUUCAGACUUCUAGAGAAGAUGAGGCAGUGGUCAAGCCAGAGACAAAGGAGCAGAAAGCCGAAGAAAAGAACGGUCCAGGCAUGAACGUGGAAGAGAAAAUGAUACCUCCAGAGAAAGCUCUGAAGAAAACGGUAAGCAUUAAUGACAACGUGGAGGAGAUUAACGGCAGUAAUAAGAGGAAGAAGAGGAGCAAAUCUUUUCGAAAAUCGAAUUCUCUGGAGCAUCAACAAGAAGAGAGAGAAGAGAUUAAGCCUCUGCGAUCAAUUCUGAGAGUCAAAUCUAAUCUGGACGAGAUUUCAGUGUCGUAAGAUUGAUGUCGACCGUUCGUUCGUAAUGUUAUGAAAUAGGGCCGUAGGUCAGUGUCAUGGCGUUGCAAUACAACAGUACUUCCAUUUCAUGUGAUGAUGUGAACCUGUUUCUCCAUUGAAAACAUGUACAGCAGUAAUUUGUAAGGAUUUCUCUCCCGCUGAUCUCUCUCUCUCUCUCUCUCUCUCUCUCUCUCCCCAGCAACUGCUUCUUGAUUAUUUUAGUGUCCACUUCCAUUC